AUGAGGGAAGAAGGUCUAAUUCCAACUACAUGGCAAUGCAAAUGGUUGAAGGGGGACAGAAGAGUGACGGUGGAACCAAUGAAAAUAACGCUGUAUAAAGACCAGAUGCUGCUUCAAUGCAUGGGUCCAAUUUCAGACUUAUCCAAACUAUGCCGCGUGCUGGAUCAGAUACUAGAUAGAUACACAUCACAAAACAAGAGAAGAGGAAGCCAUGCACAUAGGGUUGCUGUCGGUGCUGUUCAACCAAUUAAUUUCACAACCUUCAGUGUUAAUCACACUUCUUCAACUCUCGUUGGGGCUAGAGAUAAUUUUGAUAUUGAAUAG